UCGUGCAUUUUACCUCGACGUUUGGCCCUCGAGACAUUCUGUAGGACCGUCGGUAUGGUGCGUUCAUAUAUUUAGACACGUCACAACACGACACAUGUUGGAUGGCUUUUCCGAACAACUAAAAAGCAGUACAAACUGACAUACAUACAGAGGUGAAUAUGGCGGACGUUUCUGAGAGGACGCUGCAAGUUGCAAUCGCUAUUUCAUUCGCAGUCGGUUUCCUUUCUGGAUGGCAGGCCAACCGAGCGCGGAGGAAGUUCCUGGAUUGGAGAAAGAAACGACUGCAGGAUAAACUCUCAGAAACACAGAAGAAACUGGACUUGGCAUGAAAGUGAAGUAGGGUGUGUCGUCACCAAAAUCAAUGUUCAGCUGUCAGAUCAUGGACUUCCAAUACAAUGAUUGGGAUCGUUGUCACAACCAGCAGAACUGAAGCAAGAUACAAUGACAAGUUUCUGAACAUGUUUUGUGAUUUGGUGACCGUGUUUUGCUGGGUGACAGUGUUUUGCUUCCAGACUACUGCCGUUUUUACGUUUUAAUAAAAGUAUGUGUUUUCUUACAUCCUGUAUUUUGAAGAUGCCUAUGGUAGUUCACUGUCUUUUAUAUAGUGUAACAAAUUCAUUGCGCUGAUUUUUCCCAAUCCCAAAUCGACUGUACGCACAGGUGGAGAUGUGAGAGGAUUUGUUACCUAAAUCAUACCCUUUAAAUAUCCACAAUUGGGCGUUUGUGUAUAGGGCUCAGUUUGGGAUGGGGGCAGUAUCAACCAUCACUCUUAUGAGCACCUAUGUGAAUUUAAAUAAAAUAUAUAUAUAUACAUUUA